GGCAGAACCUCCGCAUCGCGAUGAUGAGGAGGAUGAUGAUGAGGAUGGGUUAGAUUCCGAAGCUCAUCGCAACAGCAGACAGGAGUAUCGGACGUCGACUGAUAUCACUAAGACGUCCAUAAGACAGGCAUCAUGAUUCCCGUGAUGGAAUUCCGGCAGUUCUCGGAGCAGCAGCCGGCCUUCCGGGUCCUGAAGCCGUGGUGGGACGUGUUCACCGACUACCUGUCCGUGGUCAUGCUCAUGAUCGGCGUAUUUGGAUGCACGCUACAGGUGAUGCAAGACAAGAUCAUCUGCCUCCCGCACAGAACACGGUCGUCUCCAGGGAACACGACGGAAGUAGAGGUGACGGCAUUGCACGUGCAUUACAACAUGUCGGCAGAACCGAGAGAAAUGACAGGCCUGAAGACAGACCUGGACCUCCAGCAGUACAGUUUCAUCAACCAGAUGUGUUAUGAGAAGGCGCUGCACUGGUACGCCAAGUACUUCCCUUAUUUGGUCCUGAUACACACUCUGGUUUUCAUGGUGUGCAGCAACUUCUGGUUCAAAUUCCCGGGUUCUAGCUCCAAAAUAGAGCACUUUAUCUCCAUGCUUGGCAAGUGCUUCGACUCUCCCUGGACCACCCGGGCUUUGUCUGAGGUUUCUGGAGAAAACCAAGAAGAGAAGGACCAUAAAAAGAGCGGGAGUGCCCGGUCCAACAUGGUGGCGUCCCCCGCAGACGUGUGUUUGGAGAAUACACAGUCGCUCAGGUCCAUCCCGGAAAAGAUUGUAGUGGACAAACCCUCGGCGAGUGUUCUUGAUAAAAAGGAGGGAGAACAAGCCAAAGCUCUUUUUGAGAAAGUGAAGAAGUUCCGCUUACAUGUGGAGGAGGGAGACAUUCUCUACAUCAUGUAUGUUCGCCAGACAGUCUUCAAGGUGUUUAAGUUCCUGCUGAUCAUCGCAUACAACAGCUCCCUGGUCAACAAAGUGAGGAACAGAGUGCGCUGCGAGGUGGAGAUACAGGACAUGACGGGCUACAAAGACUUUGAAUGCAACCACACCAUGGCUCACCUCUUCUCCAAGCUCUCCUACUGCUACCUGUGCUUGGUGGCCGUCUACGGAUUAACCAGUCUGUACACCUCCUACUGGCUCUUUUACCGCUCCCUCAAAGAAUACUCCUUCGAGUACGUGCGCCAGGAAACGGGCAUCAACGACAUCCCGGAUGUCAAAAACGACUUUGCUUUUAUGCUGCACAUGAUCGAUCAGUACGACCCACUGUACUCCAAAAGAUUUGCCGUUUUCCUCUCCGAGGUCAGUGAGAACAAGCUGAAGCAGCUCAAUCUGAACCACGAGUGGACGGCGGACAAGCUGCGUCAGAGACUGCAGGUCAACGCCAACAACCGACUUGAGCUGCAGCUCUUCAUGCUCCCCGGACUGCCCGACACAGUCUUUGAGCUGACGGAGCUCCAAUCGCUCAAACUAGAGAUCAUCAACAACGUGACUAUCCCUGCCUCAGUCUCCCAGCUGGAAUACCUCCAGGAACUGUCUCUCUAUCAGAGUUCAAUCAAGCUGCACACCACAGCGACCUCUUUCCUCAAAGAGAACCUCAAAGUACUCCGGGUCAAGUUUGAUGACAGCAGAGAAUUCCCCAGCUGGCUGUAUGGUAUGAGGAACUUAGAGGAGCUCUAUCUCACAGGAUCACUCUGCCCCGACGCCUCCAAGAAUAUCGUUCUAGAGUCACUGCGGGAGAUGAAGUGUUUGAAGAUGCUCUCGUUGAAGAGUAACUUCACCAAGAUACCCCAGUCCAUCGUGGACGUCUCCAGCCAUCUGCACCGGCUCUACCUGCACAACGACGGCACCAAGCUGGUGAUGCUCAACAAUCUGAAGAAGAUGAAUAACCUGACUGAGUUGGAGCUGGUGCGCUGUGACCUGGAGCGCAUUCCUCACGCCAUCUUCAGCCUGACCAGCCUGCAGGAACUCGACCUGAAGGAGAACAACCUUCAUUCCAUCGAGGAGAUCAUCAGCUUCCAGCAUCUCCGCAAACUCACCUGCCUUAAGCUUUGGUACAAUGGCGUGAUGUACAUUCCCGAGCACAUCAAGAAGCUCGGGAGUCUUGAGCGUCUCUACUUCAGCCACAACAAGAUUGAGAUCUUACCCUCACAUUUGUUUUUGUGCAACAAACUGCGCUACCUGGAUCUGUGCCACAACGACAUUAGGUUCAUCCCUCCAGAAAUCGGAGUCCUUCAGAGUCUACAGUAUUUCUCAGUCGCCUUCAACAAAAUUGAGAAUCUACCCGACGAGCUCUUCUUCUGUAAGAAGCUUAAGACGCUCAAGCUGGGCAAGAACUCCCUGUCCAUACUCUCGCCAAAGAUUUCCUACCUCGCUCAGCUGACGCUUCUGGAGCUCAAAGGGAACCACUUUGAGGUUUUGCCCCCAGAGUUGGGCUUCUGUCGCGCCUUGAAACGCAGUGGCCUCAUCGUGGAAGACGCGCUGUUCGAAACACUGCCCUCUGACGUCAGGGACCAGAUGAAGGCGGAGUGAGAUGUUUGACUGCCACCACCAUGUCUGCUUUGUCGCGUUAAACAAUUUCAUUAGCACACAUUGGGCUUGCACUGUUUAUAGGGCUUUGAGUGGGCGUUCACGCCGGUAGUCUGGUUCUAUUGUCCAGACUACAAAUGUUUUUAAAGACCCUUUAGGGUCACUUUGAUGUGGUCUGGUUUGCAAUCACACUUGUAUUUUUGUUAGCGGACCAAAUAAGGAUCUCUUUUAGUCAAAUGUAUGAAGUCGCACCACGAUUGGACGGGGUGUGUGACGUGUACGUUGACCGAAGAAAGUCGCGCACCUAUAAACAACAUCUGUCAGGUUACAAA